UCGUUUUCGAGGUGUACUCCGUCAGCCACUUAAGUAGAUCAUCUCGCUGCAAGGCACACCUGGCCUCGGUUCAAGUUCAACGCCGCUAAAGGUUCACGGUCAAUUAGAGCUACAACCUCAAAGUCCUCCCCGCCUAACCUGCACACAUUGACCGAGUCAAUGCGCAUAAAUUAUCGCCAGCUCAUGUGUAGCUUAAUGGUUAGGCAAAUAAUGAAUAUAUAAACAAGUAUACGAGGUAGAUUUUAUUAUAUCCCCCGUUGCAUGCCGCCGACCAACAAACAGUUGAGCGAUGAGCCCGAGCCUGAGCCCGCGGCAGGGCCUGUUUUGGCUGUGGCUGUGGCUGUUGACACUGGCGCUCCUGAUGCUGGCGGUCAGUGGCAGUCGCGAGUCACAGUUGCGCAUUGGCAAAGCCAUUAACAUAUUCCUGCGAUACGGCUAUUUGGGCAUAUCGAUGCGCGUCAUACCCUACAAUGAUAGUGCCGAGAGCGAACGCUGGAUUUUCAAAGAGCCGACUAGAAAUAUUUACAAGAACAUUAGUGGACUGUCGGAUAGCCAUGAGGAUACCACGCCCGGCAUUUUCCAUGGCGAUUUUCACAUGGAGUUCUGCGAGAAUCGUCGCCAACUGUUUCAGGCCUAUUUCCGGGACUUUACCAUCGACCGGUUGGACAAGCCAUGGGAGGCGUUUACGGGUGGCUGGUUUGCGGAUAAUGCGGCCAAGAAGAUGGGCAUCAACACCUCCUUCAUUCAGGGUGACUAUUCCUAUGUGCUGGUGCGCGUUGUGCGCUUCCGAGAGAUUGGAAAACUCAACUCAGAGAUCCCGAUCAAUCAGCCGCUGGAGGCGGAAGUGCAGGCACGCGUUCAACAAUUUGAGGUUGGCAAUUUAACGUCAGCAAUGCGAUUUAUGGAAUUUGGCACACACUAUGUGAACUCGUAUACGACGGGAAAUUCCCUUUACCAGGUGUUCGUAUAUAAUCGCAAGAACUACAAAAUGAUCAAGGAGCGCAUUAAGAGCAAAGGCCUCAACGGCCUCUCCAAGCUCGAUCUGUACAACUAUUUUGCACCGUGGUUUACCGAGCAUCUCGGCCAGAUACGCUCGGCCAGCGCCAACGCAACCGUGGAGAGAUGGGCGCGCCGCAAACUGCAAUAUGAGUACUACGCGCUCAAGUAUGUGACCCUGCUCAAGUUACAUGGGAACAGUACGCUGCUCAGAUCAUUGGACAGCCUGCUUGGAAAUGAUGCCAUAUUGCAGCUGGACUUGAAGGCACUCAACGUUGUGUUCAGGGAUCAGCCGCAGAAGGAGAGCUGGUUCCACGAAGUCCUCGACAACAGCAUGAAACUGUGGGAGCUUAACAUGCCACUCAAUCAUCCAAGUCGAUAGAUAAGGCCCCGACAAGGACCAACAAUAGAUGGACUCAUUUAAAGUUCCUAAGUGCAAGUUGUGCGACAGGAUGGCGUCUAUGGAGCUGCUAUCGCCAUGUAUCCAUAUACAUAUAUACAUAUAUACACACAUAUAUGUGUAUAGAUAGUUGUAGUUAAGUUCGUUAGUGCGUAAUUACUGUUCUGCCUGUGAUAGCUUUUAGAUAGUUUAAUUAAAACGUAUAUUAACUUAAGUUUAGUUAUUAUUAUGUAGCACUCGAAUUAGUGCAGUAUACGUUUACAUAAUGAAGCAUUGUCUAUAUUUGAAUUAAUAACGUUAAUAUAAUUCGAUUCUGUUGACAUGGUCAGAUAUUGGAAAUUCAGAUAGGCUUAUAUUGUUGGUCUCCACAAUAAAAUCGGAAAUAUAAGCUUCAA